AUGUCUCUUGACUCUAUUUCGUCGCUGGGGAACCAGGAACUAUCUACACCUACUCCACCAACGUCAUUAUCAUCUACAAACUCAAAUAACAACAACAAUGUGAGUUCUGGCCAAAAGAGAAUAAGAGCCACUGGAGAAGCCUUGGAGUUUUUGAUAUCUGAAUUUGAGAGAAAUCCAAAUCCUAGUCCUGAACGUCGUAAAUUUAUAAGUGACAAAGCUCAAAUGAAUGAAAAAGCCGUUCGAAUUUGGUUUCAAAAUAGAAGGGCCAAACAAAGAAAGUUUGAACGACAAAUGCUAAAAAAAGAAAGAGAUUCACCUGGUAAUUAUGCUGGCAUAUAUAAUACGUAUACACCAAAUACUACUGGAGUUGCUUCAACAAAUAUGACCAAUGUCAAUACCAAUGGCACUGGUACAACAACUGAUUUUAAUAACAAGCUCAACAACAUAUCGAGUAUACCAGUUGAAGUGAAUGAAAAAUACUGUUUUAUUGAUUGUCGUUCAUUAUCAGUAGGAUCAUGGCAGAGAAUCAAAACUGGGUUCCAUGAAAGCAAUUUACUUUCAAACAACUUGGUCAAUUUGGCACCAGUCACUUUGAAUCAAGUCAUGGCCAAUGUUGAUUUAUUGAUUAUACUACUGAAGAAGAAUUUGGAAUUGAAUUACUUUUUCCUGGCAAUAAGUAAUAAUUCGAGGAUUUUAUUUCGUAUAUUUUAUCCAUUGAAUGCCGUUGUGAAAUGCUCUUUGUUUGACAAUAAUUAUUAUCAAAAUAACAAUAAUAAUAAUAAUAACGGUAACACCAGUUCUGAUGAUAAUAGUAUCAGUGAAAUUAGAUUAAAUCUAUGCCAAAAACCAAAGUUUUCUGUGUAUUUUUUCAACGGAUCUAACACUAAUAAUCAAUGGUCUAUUUGUGACGAUUUUAGUGAAGGCCAACAAGUGAGUCGUGCUUUUGCUGCCAACGAGAACAAUCUACCGUCGAAUGAACCCCAGCAAUCAUUAUCAAGUACUGUCCCACAUGUACUAGUAGGUAACACUUCGUCAUUACAAUAUUUAAGUCAAUUCAUAUUGCAACACCAACAACGACAAAAGCAACAGUCUCAAAACCAAUUUGAAUUUAAUUCACAAUCAUUUGAUACUAUUCCAACCAGUGCUAUCAAUAAUAGUUUUAACGUUAAUAAAACUAUCAGUGCAUCUGGCAUGCAAGGAUUUGUUCCCGGUGAUUUCCAAGAAUUGCCAGCCAUUUAUGAAUCGAUUUCAAACAAUAAUCAACCUACAACAACUGAUUCAAAAGAUAGCAACAAGCAUACACCAUCAUCAACUACAUUUACUCCUCAAAAUCUGAAUGGUAAUAACCACUCAAAUGCCAAUGCUACCUAUACUAACUUUUACAACGAAUCUCCAUUUUCAAUAGCGUCAACUGCCACCACCAUCAACAACAACAACAAUAAAAACCGUUCAAAUAGUCAAAGCCAUAAUCCUAUUUUCAGUGAUCAAUUGUUUUAUGAAUCGUCAGAAUCUGCAUCUACAAAUUCACCACAAUUUUCUAUCAAGAAAUUGAACAGUGAGACCAAAUUAUACAUUAAUGGAAAUGUAUCUAGCAACAGCAGUACUAAUGGUCCACCACUUGAUGACGAUAAUAAUUUGUUUGAUGGAGUCACAAGGUUUACUACAACUGAAACAUCACCAGAUGAUGAUAUUUUGGGGAUGUUUACAGAUCAAACACAAGAACCAUCUACUUUUGAAAUGGCCAAUGGUGGUACCCUGAAUGGAUCAAGUUAUACUCAUAUUAAAAAUGGAAGUCUAACUAAAAGUGACAAGACAUUCACUGGAUUCAAUGAAACUAACAACAACAACAACAAUGGUAUUAGUUUCGUUGACGAGUUUCAUGUGGGAAAUGAGUUUGGAGAUUUUGAUUUUGAUCAUCAUUAUUCUCAAGAUCACCAACAACACCAACAAAAUGAUAACAAUGGCAAUACUAAUUUAGACAGUUUUAUUGAUUUUGAAAAUUAA